AUGAAUGGUAAUAGGUUUAGUCGAAUAUUGUUACGAUUAUGUUGUAUCUCUGUUGUGAUAGGAUUAUGGGUAUAUUUGAGUAAUUUUGAGUAUUCAGUGUCAUCGGACUCAUUAAGUCAUAUAAAAGAAGUUGUUGAAGAGGCUGAGGUUGAAGAAGAGGCAGCAGUCAUUGAAGAGGAAGAUUAUGCAUACAAGAGGGGUUUAGGACGUGCAUCAUGGAAACAUUUUCAUACUAUGUUAGCUAGAUUUCCCGAUGAGCCUCGUGAUGAAGAUCGAGAUAAAUUAAUUCAACUGAUUGAAUUAUUUGGAGAAUUGUAUCCUUACGUGGAUUAUAAGUUAAAAUAUCAAGAAAAGAUACGAUCUAUACCGAUGCAAACCUCCAGUCGAACAGCCGUUUCUCUCUGGGGGUGCCAUAUUCAUAAUUCCAUAAAUGAAGAUAUUGGGAAGAGUUUAUAUGAUUGUUCUAUCAUUUUGCAAGAAUAUGAUUGUGGAUUUGAAAUAGAUAAACAUGUUGCAUUGACCGGAGAUGAUGAUGAUAGAGAAGAUUAUAAGAAUAGUUUAGAGAUGGAUCAAGAAGGUGAGAAUAAGAAUGGAGACGAUCUUCGCAUUAAUAAAGUGACUAUAGAAAAGGAGGAUAAACAACUUGGAUAA